AUGGAGGAAGCAGCAGUGCAGGCUGAGCUAGGCACCGGCCCUGCAGCAAAGAUGGCUCAGACCAACCCUCUGCCUGGUCCCACGGGCCCGUGGAUGAUCACAGCCUACGAUCGAGAAAACUUCCAGGGAAAGAAGAUGGAGUUCACCUCAGCCUGCCCCACCAUCAUCGAGUGCGGUUUCCAGAACAUCCGCUCCCUGAAAGUGGAAAGUGGCGCCUGGAUCGGUUAUGAGCACACUAGCUUCUGUGGGCAGCAGUUUAUCUUGGAAAGGGGACAAUACCCACAGUGGGAUGCCUGGAGUGGGAGCAACGCCUACCACACCGAGCGUCUGAUGUCCUUCCGCCCCAUCUGCUGUGCUAAUCACAAAGAGUCCAAGAUGACAGUCUUUGAGAAGGAGAACUUCAUGGGACGCCAGUGGGAACUAUUGGACGACUACCCCUCCCUGGAAGCAAUGGGCUGGGGAAACAACGAAGUGGGCUCCAUGAAGGUGCAGUGUGGCGCCUGGGUUUGCUAUCAGUAUCCUGGUUACCGUGGCUACCAGUACAUUUUGGAGAGUGACCAUCACAGUGGAGAUUACAAGCACUGGAGAGAGUGGGGCUCACACGCCCAGACCUUCCAGGUCCAGUCUAUUCGGCGUGUCCAGCAGUAG